UAACAACUUAUCAAAAAGAGGAAGAGACAAACUAGAAUAUAAGAUUAAGAUAUAAUUUUAUGUUAAUGGCCCGUCCUCCUAUAUCAACUAAACCCAUGAAUGAACAUGAAGAUCCAAAAACAUUGAUUUUUGAUUUUUCAGCGCUGAAAGACCACUCUAACAUACCCACCCAAUUCAUAUGGCCUGAGGAAGAAAGGUCCAUUAUCGAUGCCCCACAUCUCCAAGUCCCGCUCAUCAACUUGUCUGCCUUUCUCUCAGGUGACCAAGAGAAGGUAAUGGAGGCUUGUCAGCUUGUUGACGAGGCCUGUCGAAAGCAUGGAUUCUUCCUUGUUGUCAAUCACGGUAUUGACUCCAAACUUAUUGCUGAUGCUCAUCGCUUCAUGGACAGCUUCUUUGAGCUGCCACCCUUGGAAAAAGAGAAAGCUCUAAAAAAACAAGGAGAGUUGUUCGGCUACUCCAGUAGUUUGAUUGGUCGUUUCCAGUCCAAACUCCCAUGGAAAGAAACCCUUUCUGUUCGUUAUUCUACUAUAAAAUACACUCCUACCAACAUCAUCAAAAAUUAUUUUCAAAACAAAUUGGGUGAAAAUUUCGAAGAGACAGGGAGGGUUUUUCAGGAUUUAGCUGAAGCAAUGAAUAAGCUAUCCCUUCAAAUUGUAGAACUUUUGGGAGCAAGCCUUGGAGUAGGUAAAGCUCGUUUUAAGGAUUUUUAUGAAGAAACCGACUCCAUAAUGAGACUUAAUAACUACCCUGUAUGUCCAAAACCUGAGCUAACAUUAGGAAUCGGACCUCAUUCUGAUCCAUCUUCCGUAACAAUUCUUCACCAACAACAAGUGGAAGGACUUCAAGUGUUCGUCGAUAAUAAAUGGCAGAAAAUUAGUUCAAAUUCUGAUGCCUUUGUUGUUAACAUCGGUGAUACAUUCAUGGCACUUUCUAAUGGGAUCUACAAGAGCUGCUUUCAUCGUGUAGUUGUGAAUAGCGAAAAGCCUAGGAAAACUCUGGCAUUCUUUUUGACUGUUAAUAGUGAUAAAUUGAUAAGUCCACCAAGUGAGUUGGUCAAUGAUUGGAGCCCUCGAAUUUACCCAGAUUUUACAUGGCCUGAGUUUGUUGACUUCACUAUUAACCAUUACAGAGCUGACAUGCAUACCCUAAAAGCGUUCUCAAAUUGGCUCCAUCAGAAGAAGAAGAAUUGAGAGAUGUCAUAAGCACAAAAGUAACGAACGAAUGAAAAAUUCUAAAGGCAAAUGUUAUGAAAAGGCAGGAAAAAUAAAUUAUCCUUAUUCAUAAAAAUUUGUUGAAAAUAUCUAUUUUUAUUUUAUAAAAAUAAUUGCAGCUAUUAUAAAAUUAUUAUAAAUAUAAAUAUAUUUAUGUAAAAAAAAUAACGAGGAAUGAUAUCUUAAUUUAAUGAAAAUUUACAUGAAAAAAUAAAAAUAAAAACUCAAAAAUAUUACCCAUAUAUCCUUAGAAGGCCACUCCUACAUUUUUACUUCUCAUAUAGUUUUAUUUACACUAAUACCUUUUACACAUGUAUGAUGUCAU